AUUCUAUUCGUAUCCCCCAAAUUGCCAAGAAGCAGUGCCGCGGUGUCCCCAUGGCAUUCCGAGCUCCACGUAGGAGGUGAGUGACUGAGUGCCGCACCAUUCCAUUUGGCCUUAGAAGUAGCUCUUGGUUAAUGGCUAAAUUGGGAGGAAUGAAGAAUCGAAUGAAGAAGCAGAAGAAGAGACAGAGACCUUCAACGUCUAGAUCUCAAAACCCCAACCCUUCACGUGGUCAAAUUGAUGAUCACUCCAGGGUUUUGAAUGGUGUUGAAGAAGGAACUUCUUCGGUUUCCAUACAGGAACACGUUGCUGCUGCAGAAAUCAUUGAGACACCUUCGAGUUCAAUUAUUGUUCAUCGAGACGAUGAUUCUGCAGAAAGUUUUCGGAAUUUGAAAGAAACAGAGGCUGAUUUAACUUUUUCAGAGGAAGAUGAAGAAGGGUCAGGAAUGAUAAUAGAUCUUCGUGGCCAUUCUGUGGAAAUCGCAAUUCUGCUUCUAAAAAUUCAGCUUUCUCUUUGUUCACUGAUUGGAUAUGUGGGGAAAGUGACAGUUAUCAUCACCUGAUCUGGGAGGUCAAACUGUAAACAGGGGGUUAUAUUUGACAUUUUAGAAAUAGAAAACAUGGAAUACAAAGACGAUAACAAGACAACUCUUCAAUGGCUUCUUCGAAAGAUAUUAUAACUUUUUUUUUUUUUUUAAUCUCCACAUUCCUUUUGUGUGUGAAUAUGUGCUACUUGGAACCAGUUUUUUUAUGAAUAUUUUUGAAGCUAUGGUUUUGGUUUCUUAUUUUAGUUUUCAUUUUGCACACACAUGACACAAUAUAGGUAAUAAUAU